UCACUAUCUGGACUUCCACAUACUGGGUUAAAUGAGUCUUUGCCUGUUGGGAGUGAUGCAUCUGUUCUGGGUGGCACUGUGCUUCCUCUUGCAUGGGGCAAGUGGCUUCAUGAUCCACAACACCGUUGAAAGCCUCUGUUUACAAGACUCCCCAGCAGGCACUGCUGUCACCCUCCGAAAGUGUAACCUUGACGAUGACCUCCAGCAGUGGGCGUGGCAGGAUCAGCGCUUCCUGUGGAACAUCGGCACGCAGCGCUGCCUCUCGGCGUUCCAGGAGCACCCGGUUCUCACCGUGGCCUGCGACGGCGGAGAGAACCUCCAGUGGGGCUGCGAGAACCAGAGGCUCCUGAGUCUGAACCACAGCCUGGAGCUGAGCGCUGAGAGGGGCAGACUCAGGCUGGCCCCAGGGGGCCACACUUCCAGGUGGAGGUCCCUGGAUAAGGGAGAUAUCUGCGAGGAGAGGCUCAGAUCCAAAAGGGCAUCGAAUGAGUUUGAGGGGGAGUUUACGGAGGACACGCCAGUGGAGAGCAGCAUGAACGAGGAGCAGAGGGAAUAUCUCAAGUGGUUCUAUCGCACCGAAGAACAGGGAAAAUGGACGUUUGCUGUCCUGGCUCUGUCGUUCGCUGCGCUGCUACUGGGCUGUAUCCUGCUGGUCACGGGCAUGAUGGGUAGCAGGAGCAGAAAGAAGAUAGCCAAGUACAAAGCGGUGGCCCGGGCUCUCAAGCCUCAGAUGGAGGAGCUGCAGGUCAUCACCGAGGCAACGGAGACAAAGGAAGAACAUCAGGUCUUCAUCCCAACCCCCACCAUGGUGAGGGGCACCCCCAACAACGCCCCCCUGGCCGCCGAGAACGGGCAGCUCAAGCCGGGAGACAUCAUGGUCAGCUGGAAGGACGGGAAAGUGAGCAGCCUCUACACCGAGAGAGGAGGGGAGGGAGACGGGGAGGCAGCGGAGGAGAAGGCGAUGGAGAUCGAACGAGAGGAACAGGCAGCGGAGGAGAGGGUGAUGGAGAACGAAGGAGAGGCAGAGGCGGAGGUGGAGGAAGGAGGAGUGGUGGAGGGGGAGGAAAAGGUGUAAGGUGAUGUCCGCACACCUGGAUGUCUCCACACCUGUUCUGUUGGACACCAUCACUUCUAGGGCAAAUCCAGAGAUCUGCACACCUAGACAUCAGAACACCUGGGUGCUCCCUCUACAGAGAGUCAUAUGAACACUCUCAGAUCUGAUCACAGACUCUGACUAACCGCACACGUGGAUACACAGAAUCUGGUCUAUGCAGAAACCUAAGUGUGUGUGUGUGUAUACAUGUAUGUGCAUGUGUUUGUGAGUGUGUGUGCAUAUGUGCACGUCUAUGUGUGGGUGUGUGUGUGUGUGUGUGUGUGUGUGUAUGUGUCUGCACGUGUAUGUGUGUGUGUGUGUGUCUGUGUGUAUGUGUGUCCAAUGUCAAUGUAAACCAAAGGUCUAACCUCACAAGGGUUUGUUAAUUUACUCAUACCAUUCUGAAAGUCAAACACGUGUUGUUAGCCAACUCAAAAUCCAUAAUGAGUCUCGAGCUCAUGUGGUACUUGUGUCAAAGACUCCCGUAUACGUUGAUUUUGACAUGACUGAGUGUCCCUGACCUCCAAUGUGUGUUUAGUUGGGGCACUUGAACAGAACAGAGCUGCUGGGUGCAGAGUUGAGGGUGUAUGGCUGCACAGAUCGCUAUGGUGUAGACCUGUAUUUAAAAUAAUGUAUUCCUGAUCAGUAGGGGCUCCUGGGCCAGAUGUAAUGAAUGUGUUUGAUCAUAUUUUAAGAUUCACUCUACACUGUGACGGUGCAAAUUAAGCAUUUAUAUCACAACAGCAUUUUCUUGUCUCGCCACAGUAAAAAUGAACUUGUCAGUC